CCCUCCAUGCCCUCUAUGUAUUGUGGUUGUGGAGAAUUGUGUCUGUGUAUGUGCUGUGUAGCUAGGGUCUCUUGCUUGUUAAUUUUUUCAGGUCUGUUACUGGCCCCCUUUAGGUGAGGACAGUUGUUUUAUCAUUUUUUUUUUUUUAAUUUACAGUUCCGCGCAUAGUGCCUUUGGUCGUGUUGCGUCGCACAUAGAAUGUCCUCAUUUUCUUACGCACUUAAAAAAGCAACAAGAGUAGGGUUACCUAUGAGCCUUGUUGAAGAAAGAGCUGCAAGAACAUUAGGGAUGGGGUGUGAAUAUGUGGCGCUUCUUCAGUGCGAGAUCGUCACCGUCACUCUGUCUCAGCAUUUACACCUUUUUUAAGUCCUCUUUCCUGUUCUUCUCUUAGGAUGAAAUGGUGUCCCCAUCUUUUCUUGAGAGCUUACAAUCUGUUUAUCGCGCGAUGAUGAUGACGCCGUGAGGCAUUGUGUAGAAUGCGAAAAGCAUUGUGGACAAAUACAAAAACGACUUCUUCUUCCACUGAGCGCCUGACUGGUAUUUCCCUGAGUACUUACAGCUGACGAUUUGAUUUUUCGUUUGAUAUCUAUUCAGCUCAAGCACUGAAACAUGGAUAUGUAAUAGAUUUCAGUCGGGAUACUCGGAAACCUUGUGCUACCUUCGAAAUACUGAUUCUGAAAUAUUUGUACAAUUUCAACGGGAUUUCCCGUUGAAGUUUAGGCAUCAUACUCCCCUCCGGCAUAACCUACUCAUUCUGCAUUGUAACUCAACCUCUUUAGAUAGCCUAACGGAAACCGACACCUGCUAACCCUUGGACGGUUGAUUUGCUUUCGGUGGGCGAGAGUAAAAGUGCGAAUUGACAACUUUUCCGAUAAUAAAACUAAUCCAUUAAUGUGUACGCUGACGAUUGCAAACUCCACAGUAAUUUGAAGGAUUUGUCGUAAAUAAAAGUAUCGAUGACGAUCACUUCUAACUUAUGGAACAAACUAUUUAUAGUAAAUUGACAGGCGAGUUUCGAUAGACAAGGGACAGAUCCCUAUUACACAAGGAAUGAGAUCAUACGAUGAUCCUUCUGUGUUUUAGCUUGGUUGAACGUACAGAAGUGAUAUGGAACAAACUUGCUCUGUAAUCCCUCGAUGCGGCGGUUAACAAUCAUGCCAGGGGAUAUUCAACCUUGUGUAAUAUGUACUAUCGCGAAUUCUGAGAUUUGGUUAACGGGGUAGAUUAUUCUUCUGCACGUUCAGCGUCAGUUUGCAACGAAUGCACUAUUCAACUGAGUGACAUUUGGCAUGUCUAGCUCCAGUGGAUUCUUUUCUACAGGAUUUGUUCUCAUGCUCCACAAUAAUGCAAUUCAUUCAUCAGAGCGAACACCUGCUGACACCAAAGAUAACAUGUUGAAGUAUUAUUAUCUGCUUGUCGUGUUUGCAAUGGAUGCCAAUGUGUGCUCCUAACCGCGACCUAGAAACGAGGAUUGAUGGAGAAAUUGCCGCUCCAGGCGCCAUUCCGGAGACCCAGUAGCUACAAAACCUGCACCUAACCCACCGUACCACACGUAACCCAGGGAUCCCUGGGGUCAUCCACCACCAUCCUGACGUGCAGGUCGAGCGGUAAUAUGAGUGACAGUGAAGUUCGCACGACUGCGCGUGAGCAAGUGCCAACCGCAUUGCCUCGCACUCUCUCAGUUCGCUUGUGCAGUCCGAAGAGGAAUUGCUGCAGAAUGGACCUCUACUAUGCCGUUCCUGCGAGGCGGAAGCAGUUUCCGACCACAGUAGGGAACUGGUUUCGACGUCAGCCACUGUCCAAGGCACAUGUUGAGCGCAGGAGCGAAGAUCGCCGAUCUGUAUAAUUUAAGCAACCAUCACGGAAUCUCAUCUGACCAGAAAGAUAUGACGACAAGAGGGUCGACUGACACUCACAGCCCUGGAGUCCGUUUCGCUUGGCCACAUGCGGAAACUUAGGGUAUGCGCAGUCUAUGUUAAGCGCAUGCCGGGUGGGAGCAUGUUGGGUUGGAUCAGGCAUCGCCGAAACACAACCGGGAAUGCGACAAGAGAUCGCGGAUCCGAACGAAAGAGUUGCGCGCCGAAUCGAAUUCGUUCGGCUGGAUCUAUUUAUAAUCACCGAAGCACGAGUCGUCUUGCUAAAUACCCAACUCCCUCUCUCGAGUUCGGAUUUCAGCUUUUAACUUCCGUUCAGUUAAGUAUUUGUCGCUGCUCCUGUUAAGUGCUUUUCCUUCCACUCCACGCCGUCUUGUUGCUGUUGGAGCUCGCUUCCAUGGUCCUGAUCACAAGAUGCGUCGUGCUUUAAGUGUGACACGAGCAGUAGAGCACUGGUAGCACUCCUAAGAUUGCCUUCUUGGAAGCCCAUAACUAACAGAAUGUCUUCAAAGCCGGAGAAGCUGUGUGGAGUAUUGACAAUUUUCGUCUCAGCACUGUCAGCAGAUCGUGUGGCAAAAGAUGUUGUCUAGACAGCUAGUUUCUCUGCUGUUUGGUUGGUGAAGUGUUGGCGGUUGAUCAGAAUUCGGCGAGCAAGUUUGCGCAGAGCAGCUUUUGAGUAAGGAGCGAUCCACAAAGAUGUUGGACCCGUCUCCGUCGCUGCUGAGCCGCAGGGCGAAGCUGAAGGAGCCAUCCAAGGCUGCGGAGGAACAGACCUUGAUCGGCGAGACGGACAUGCCGCACUUGAUGCAAUCGCACGCGCUGCGCGUGGCAUCGGAAGCGCUGGACUCGCACAACGUCACCGACUGCAAGGAGAUCGCGUGCUACAUCAAGAAGCAAUUCGACAAGACAUAUGGCGCAGGGUGGCAGUGUGUCACCGGCGUCGGCUUCGGCUCCUACAUCACCCACUCAUCGGGCUCCUUUAUUCACUUCUGCAUAGGAAGACUGGCGGUCAUGCUCUUUAAAGCCGCAACGUAGUCAUCUCGCGGAGCUUGCAGCAACGGAUCGAUUGUGUUGUCGGUGUAGCACGAUGUAUAUAAGUAGUUCUGUAUGAAUCACGGCAUAGCCUUGUGAGGUUUAUGUUUAUAUCUCUAGCUAAGAUUGCCACCCGCUGUGUAUUUUGUCAAGCGGAAAUGUAACGCCCAGUGCGACGGGGCACUUUUUCUUCACUUCUUUGUCUGUUUUGAAGCGUCGCAUAUUCAUCAUUAGUCUUCUUAAUAACUUAGUCGAGGGGAACGCAUUUCUACCAGAAAAAUGUAUCAAGGAGCCAUUAAAAUUCACCCGCAUUAGAAGACGAGGAUGAAUGAUGGGUAAGAGUGAUUGUAUCCAUAUGCGACAACGCUGUGUCUGUGAACGGACAAUCACUUAUAUUAAAACUUUUCAGUUUAUGAAUCAA